CUUCGCCGAGGCCUUGAGCUCGCAUCCUCCUCUGAGCAAACUCACCCUGGACGUCACGGACAACCCGGGAGAUCGCGACGCCGACACGUGGAAUGCGGCGCUCGACAAGCUCCGCCCUUUCUGUCAUCUCCGGACCAACCGGUGGAACUCGAGAAACGCCAUGGCCGAUCACGUCAGCAACAUGUGAGGCGGCGGAAGGAAACAGGAGGAGUUUGGCUCCCAGUCAGGUCGCCAAACGGAAGCAAGCCGAGGAUGAGGACGAUGGAGAGUGGACGUGUCCGGCGGGGGAAAAAAGGCUAAAAGGUGGCCAAGCAGAGCUGCGGCCGAGUCCCGUGUCUCCGUUCAGGAUUCCGCUGACGCAGCUCAACGUCCGUCCCGUGUGCCCCGACGGCAACCGACAUGAGGAAUUUAUUCGACGGAUUCUGUCGAAGCCCUUUAAAGUUCCCAUCCCGAAUUACACGGGGCCGCUGGGCAUCCGAACGUUGGGCCUGAAGCGAGCGGGAGUGAGGCGGGCGCUCCACGAUCCGUUUGCGGAGGACGCCCUGGUUCUGUUUGAGCCCGAGUCGCUGAGCGCCCACGAGCAGCUCAAAACCGACAAGGACAAAAUUCCCGUCCACGUGGUUUUGGAUCCCGUCUUGGGGAAGGUGCUCAGACCUCACCAGAGAGAGGGCGUCAAGUUCCUGUGGGACUGCGUGACGGGACGACGCAUCCCCGGCUCGUUCGGCUGCAUCAUGGCCGACGAGAUGGGCCUGGGCAAGACCCUGCAGUGCGUCGCCCUGGUGUGGACGCUGCUGCGCCAGAGCCCCGACGCCAAGCCCGAGAUCGACAAGGCCAUCGUGGUGUCGCCGUCCAGUCUGGUGCGCAACUGGUACAACGAGGUGGCCAAGUGGCUGGGAGCUCGCGUCACGCCCGUCGCCAUCGACGGAGGGUCCAAGGACGACAUCGACCGGCAGCUUGUGAACUUCAUUUCCCAGCGCGGGCUGCGCGUGCCGACACCGAUACUCAUCAUCUCCUACGAAACGUUCCGCCUGCACGCCGAGGUCCUGCACAAAGGCCAAGUCGGACUCAUCAUCUGCGAUGAGGGCCAUCGGCUCAAGAACUCCGACAAUCGGACUUACCAGGCCCUUAACGCCAUGCGCGCCCAGAGGAGAGUGCUGAUAUCGGGCACGCCCAUCCAGAACGACCUGCUGGAGUACUUCAGCCUGGUGCACUUUGUAAACGCCGGCAUCCUGGGUACGGCUCAGGAGUUCAAGAAGCGAUUUGAGCUGCCCAUCCUGAAGGGUCGCGACGCCGACGCCAGCGACAACGACCGACAGACUGGAGAGGACAAACUCAAGGAGCUCAUCAGCAUCGUCAACGGGUGUUUAAUCAGGAGAACGUCCGACAUCCUGUCCAAGUAUCUGCCUGUGAAGAUUGAGCAGGUGGUCUGCUGCAAGCUGACGCCGCUGCAGACGGAGCUCUACAAGCGCUUCCUGAGGCAGGCCAAACCCGUCGAGGCGCUGCAGGGGGGCAAGAUCAGCGUCUCCUCCCUGUCGUCCAUCACCUCGCUCAAGAAACUGUGCAAUCACCCCGCGCUCAUCUAUGACAAGUGCGUGAAGGGCGAGGAAGGAUUUGAAGGCGCUCUGGAUCUUUUUCCAGCCGGCUACUCCGUUAAAAGUGCGGAGCCUCAACUGUCGGGCAAAAUGUUGCUCCUGGACUUGAUCCUGGCCAUGACGAGGAGCACCACCGACGAUAAGGUGGUGCUGGUCUCCAACUACACGCAAACGCUAGACGUCUUUGAGAAGCUGUGCCACUCCAGAAGGUACCCUUACGUACGCCUGGACGGCACCAUGUCCAUCAAGAAGAGGGCCAAGAUUGUGGAGAGAUUCAACAGUCCGGACAACCUCGAGUUCAUCUUCAUGUUGAGCAGCAAGGCGGGCGGGUGCGGCCUGAACCUGAUCGGCGCCAACCGCCUAGUGAUGUUCGACCCCGACUGGAACCCGGCCAACGACGAGCAGGCCAUGGCGCGCGUGUGGCGGGACGGCCAGAAGAAGACCUGCUACGUCUACCGGCUGCUUUCUACGGGCACCAUCGAGGAGAAGAUCCUGCAGAGGCAGGCGCACAAGAAGGCGCUCAGCAGCUGCGUGGUGGACGAGGAGCAGGACGUGGAGCGACACUUCUCGCUGGGGGAACUCCGCGAGCUCUUCGCGCUCAACGGGGAGACAGCCAGCGACACGCACGACAAAUUCCGCUGUCGGCGCUGCGUCAACGGCAUCCAAGCGCGCCCCCCCGCCGCCGAGUCGGACUGCACCAGUGACCUUUCCCAGUGGCACCACUGCUGGGACAAGAAGGGCCUCAGGGACCAAGUGUUGAAGGCCUGCUGGGGCGCCGCCGACCUCGCCGUCUCCUUCGUCUUCCACCAGCGCUCCCACGACGACCAGAGGGCCCUCGUAUGACACGUAUUUAUUUCCGCUUGUUUUUUGUUGUUGUUGUUUUUUUCUAUCAAAACUAAAAAAUAAAA